AACCCCUGUGGGCCCGGAACAGCCCUGCGUCUCGCCCCCGCCCCUUCCUCGCACCCGGCAAGAGAUGGGUGCCCCCAUCGGCACACUGUCCUUUGGCCACCUGACAUAAUGCCUCCCAAGAAGGAUGUCCCUGUGAAGAAACCAGCAGGGCCCUCCAUCUCUAAGCCUGCGGCCAAGUCUACAGCAGGGACCCCUCCAGCCAAGACCAAGGCUGACUCAGCUGCCCCCCAGACCCCGGCAAAAACCCAGGAGCCCCCCCUUGAUCUCUCCAAAGUGGUGAUCGAGUUUAACAAGGACCAGCUGGAGGAGUUCAAAGAGGCCUUUGAGCUGUUUGACCGAGUGGGUGAUGGCAAGAUCCUGUACAGCCAGUGUGGGGACCUGAUGAGGGCCCUGGGCCAGAACCCAACCAACGCCGAGGUGCUCAAGGUCCUGGGGAACCCCAAGAGUGACGAGCUGAAGUCCAGGCGUGUGGACUUUGAGACGUUCCUGCCCAUGCUCCAAGCAGUGGCCAAGAACCGGGACCAAGGCACAUAUGAGGACUACCUAGAGGGGCUUCGCGUGUUUGACAAAGAGGGCAAUGGCAAAGUCAUGGGAGCGGAGCUCAGACAUGUUCUCACCACUCUCGGGGAGAAGAUGACGGAGGAGGAGGUGGAGACUGUCCUGGCAGGCCACGAGGACAGCAACGGCUGCAUCAACUAUGAGGCCUUCCUCAAGCACAUCCUAAGCCUCUGAGCUCCUCCAGACCCUAGUGUCGCCCUGGACCGACCAGACAGACGACCAGGCAGAGCGAUUUCCCGUCGGUGUGCAGCGCAAGCCAGCGGGGUCGGACGCUUGCCACGCCUCCCGGCCGCCCGAGGCGCGUUCCUGCCACUAGGCGGCACUUAGAGUUUUGAAAUAAAGACCUGGCUCCUGC